AUGGCUUCUCUCGCAACGCAUCCCUUUUGCCACGGCUUGUCUCAACCCUUCCUAGCAAUGCCUCCUACGCUCAGCUCCCUCCCCUUUCCCCAGCUCCACCACCAGCACUGCACUGCCUCGCUCCGCUCCUCUCCCUCUCAGCGCUCCUGCGAGCUCUGCACCCAGCCGGCCGCUCUCCGCUGCGACGCGGAUUCCGCGUUCCUCUGUGCGACGUGCGACGCGGCGGUGCACUCGGCGAACUUCAUCGUGCUCCGCCACUCGCGCCACCUGCUCUGCGCGCUCUGCAGCAGCCCCACCAGCUGGGAGGCGCCCUUGCCGUUCCAUCAACCCGCCGCUGCGGCGCAGACGCAGGUUCUGUGCGACUCGUGUCUAGCCGUCGGCGCGGUUAGCGGCAUUACCGGAAACGCGGUUUUCCACACCCCGUGCGCGAUGAGCGCGAGCAUGGCUGCGUCGCUUCUCCCCCUCCACACAUACGCAGCCGCCCUUUCUAGCUCUGCGUUCGUCCCGUCGCCCCCGUUGAACGUCGCACCUAAAUCGCAGUCUCUCGCCAAGCGUCACAAGGCCAACAUAGAAGAUCUUUUGGCGUUUUCCCAGCUGGCGCUCCGUGGGCCCCACGUGUCCGAUCUGGCGUUUCACAUCUUCCAGAAGGUUCUGCGAAAGCUCCAGCCUGGCCGGGUGGCAGCCGACUCGCUGAGGGUGACGCUAGCGGCGUGCAUGUGGACGGCCGCUAAGCUAGACGACAACCAGAAGACGCUGCCUAGGGCGUCUGACGUGGCAGCAGUUGCCCGCGUGCCAGCAAAGCGCCUGCAGGCUGCUGAGCUGGAGGUGAUGAAACUGGUGGAUUGGAGGCCCCUGGAGGGGUUCACAGGGUUUCAGGAAUGA